AUGCUUGGAAAGCUAACGAAGAAGGUAACGCCGGUGAAGUUUGCCUUCAAUUUCUCUAUCGACUACUUGUUCGUUGAGACUAUGGGUAACAAUACAGUGAUUCUUGAUGAUAAUUUGUAUUCGAUUCAAUGGAAAAGAGGUAGAAAACGAAAGGGUGAAACAGAAUUUGUUCAUCCACCACCAGGUUCCAAACACACAACCAAAAUUAAAGUCAUUUACAAUCGUGCCUUUAGAUUUGGUGGAACACUUUACAAAAAUGAAAAGAAGAAUGAAUGGCAAAAGAAAGAUUUAGUAAUUAGUAUUGAAGAAGUUGUUGCUGGAAAGGAUAUUGAACUUGCCAAACAGUAUAAUCAAUAUUUGCAACAAUUGCAACAUGAAAAGGAAAAGGGUUCUAAAAAGAAGGAAGAACCAAAAAAGCCAAAUUUUGAAGUGAAAACACUUGCGAAGCAUUCGUUGGAUUUGACUGAAUUUGUAAACGAAACUCAAGAAACCACAACCACUCGAGAAUUACUUCUCACUCCAGAAAAUAAGAAAUUCAAUUCAGGACUCAAAAUUCUUGUCAAACUCGUGAUGAAUUGUAAAUGUUUGAAAGAUGUUCAGGAUGAUGAAGAUUUUGAAAAUGUCAGUACAUUUUCUGGAACUUAUCGUGAAGGAGAAUUGGACGAUGAUGAGAAAUCUGAAGAUGAGGAUGAUUUGGCAGAAGCUGAAAAGACAUUUGAAAGUACCAUGAUUAAGAAUAGUAGUUUAUAUUACAAUAGUGUUUAUGGAAAUAAUUCAAAUUCAACCACCGCUAGUAGCACAACUCAAGCACCACCAACAAGUGGUGCUACCACCUCAACUGUUCAGAAUGUAGUCUCCCAGAGUAGUACUAUCAGUAGCAGUAGCAAUUCUUCAGCAAGUCAACAUGAGACUCCAAGUAGAGAAAUGCAAGAAAAGUUGCACUUCCUCCAAAUUGAAAAUGAACAAUUGAAACAAAAUCUGGAAACUUCACAAGAGGCUGCUCAACAAGCAGAAUCAAAAUUAUUUGAAAUUCAACUCAAAAUGCAAAUGGUUCAAUCAAAGGCCGAUAAGGAAAUCAAAGCAGUUGAAGAUAAGAUUAAAGAGAUUGAAAAGGAAAAUGAAGACCAUGAAAAGCAAAAGGAAUCUGAAAAGCUCAAAUCGACUUCAUCAGAAUUGACAGCAAGUUUGAUUUCUAUCAAGAAUCUUGAAUCUGAAGUUGAGGAAAAGGAAGACAAGAUUACUGAACUUGAAAACCAAAUCAGACAAUUAGAAUCCAGUUCAUCCAAUGUUGGAAAGGAAAGUGCUGAAAAGAUUAAUGAAAGAAAUGAGAGAAUUCUCGACUUGCAAAAUGAGCUUUCAAAGCUCAAGUCACAAAAGAAAAAGUCUGACAAAAAGAUUGAAGAACUUGAAGAGCAAAGCAAAUCCUUGCAAGAUGAAAAUGUUGAAUUAACUGAUCUUAUUGAAAAAUGUUCCAAGCGUAUGGAUGAUAAGGAAAAACAAGUCAAGAAAUUGGAAGAAUCUCACAAGAAGGCAAUCGAAAGUGUCGAACAAAAAUGUGCUCAAGAGAAGGUCCUCGUAGAACGUGAGGUUGAAAAGGUCAAGAUUGAUCUAUUGGCAGUUCAAUAUGCUACUCUAGAGCAAUUCAUUUUGGAUAGAACUGUUUUGAAUAGUGUCACCAAUGACUUCCUUCCUUUGGAAAAUCUUUCCAAGAUUUACUUUAAGAACAUCAUGGUAAAGGACUUUUUAUCUGAUACCUAUCCAACACCAGCCAAGAUUCUCCUCAAGUGCAUUCUUCAAUGGAAUCCAGACGAAGUCAAGAGUGCCACCGUCGAUUCAAAGAUUAUUCUCGGCACUACUUUCUGCACCAAUCUCAAUAUUGCUCUGAAAUAUCUCGUUGAAAAAUUCAAGACCACUAGACACAAGGUCAAUAUCUAUGCAGCUGGUGCAAGCGAAUCUGGAGAAAUUGAAAACUCUACCAGUCUCAUUCUCUUCUGGAUUCAUACCUUGUACAGAUUAUUGCACGAUUUGGAGCUCAAGAAGAAGGAUCUCAAAUUACCAACUACAUUCUCUGAAGUUAUUGCCAAGAGCUUUAAAUUGGAUGCAGCUCUCUUGUGUGGCGAUGAAACUCAAGUUCCUAAAUUUGCCACUCCUCCAUACUUUGUCAAGUAUAAUGAAAUGGAGAAAGUGGAUGAGACUUUUACUGUCAAGAGUCUUCAACAAUUGGUUGGUAGCAUUUCAGAAAUUAUGGCACAAAUGUACACUGAACUAUUUAGACACAUUGCUGUGAGAUUGAGACCUUUCCUCAUCAAGGCCAUUUUCAAUACCAAAUUGACCAGUUCUAAAUCAACUGAUGGUGGUUUGGAAACAAGACAACUUCAUGCCUUCUUAAACAGGGUAUUCGAUUUAUUCAAACAAUUACGUAUCGAACCAAGAAUUACUCAACACUUUUUCGAAAACUUGGCCAAACUCUCUGAUGCUCUAAUUUUCAAUCAUUUCAUUUAUAAGGAACAAAUUGGAGCUGCCAUUGCAUUACCUGUCAAGAUGGGUCUCGUAUUUACUGAAAAUUGGUUCAAUUCAAAGAAUAUUACAGAAACAACCGAUCAAGGCACACAAUCAAUUGCCCUUCAUUUGUCUAGAGAGGUCAGUGAUGUGUGUAUCCUUGCCCAGAGACAAGUUCUCACUGAUGAAUCUAUGAAAAAUAUGGUUUGCCCACAUCUGAAUAAGGCACAAUUGACUCACAUUUUUGCAAACAUUCAUGAUGAGGAAUUCAAAACAUCACCACCAACCAAUGAAGGAAAUGUCAGCUCUAGAGUUACUUCACCAAAAUCCAAUUACACUGCCAGUGAUUCUAAUCUCUUCCAUCAGGAUUCUACUUCCUCUGUUGGUCAAUUAUUGACACCUAAACGUCCAACUCUUCAAUCAUCUCUUUCUUCAUCAAAUGUCAGCACUCCUCCACAAGGAUCUCUCUCUGCCAGAAGAAAAUCAGUUCGUGGCUCAAUUCCUAAUCUUGCCGAUCUUGAAGGUAAAUCCAAUGAUCAAAUUACAGCCAAUCCAGAAAUUCAACUCUUCCAAUACACAGACAGAGAAAGCUACGGAACUGAUCCAACUCUAUUCUAUGGCUCAUUGACUCCACUUGCAGGAAUGCUUUCUAGAUCUUCAUCUCUAUCUAAAGGAUUGGACAAGGAUUCACCACGUGUUAAAUUGAAUAAGGACAUUGAAAGUACUCAAAUUCAAAAGGAAAAUAACUUUUCAAUUGUGGAUGGAAAAUUCCUAUUCUAUUUUUCAAGUUUACCAAAUGUUGAAGGAUCCAAAUUGAUUAUUGAAGAGUGGCUCUUCUCAGUUAUUUCAAAUUAUGGAGGAAAACGUGAGAAUGGCGUUGAAGGUAUUGUAAAGGUUACAAAGGAAAGAAUCUUUAGUUCAGUUCUUAAUGUUUUUGCAAAUUCACCUGAACAACCUCCUCAAUCCAGUCGUAAAUCAAAGAAACCAACCUUCUCAAUGGAAGACGAACUUGCCUUCCUAUUCGAUAUUUAAAUAUUUAAAUAAAAAUUGUAAAAAUUUUUGU